AACGGCGAGUUUCAACCACUUUUGAAAAAAGUAGGCGUCGGUUCAAUUGUGAAGCGUCAGUCAUUGUGUGAAGUUUGCGCAGCGGAGAAUUUGUUAAGACAAAAAACUACAUUCGUCUCUUAUAUUUCCUUAAAAGAAAACUAAUAAAACAUCAGAAUAAUGUGUGACGAAGAAGUUGCUGCAUUGGUUGUCGAUAACGGUUCCGGCAUGUGCAAAGCCGGCUUUGCCGGUGAUGACGCACCACGCGCCGUUUUUCCAUCAAUUGUCGGUCGUCCCCGUCAUCAGGGCGUAAUGGUCGGCAUGGGCCAGAAGGACUCUUAUGUGGGCGAUGAGGCGCAGUCGAAGCGUGGCAUCCUCACACUCAAAUAUCCCAUUGAGCACGGUAUCGUGACCAACUGGGAUGACAUGGAGAAGAUAUGGCAUCACACCUUCUACAAUGAGCUGCGUGUGGCACCUGAGGAGCAUCCCGUCCUGCUGACCGAGGCUCCCCUCAAUCCCAAGGCUAAUCGCGAGAAGAUGACUCAGAUCAUGUUCGAGACAUUCAACACGCCUGCGAUGUAUGUAGCCAUUCAGGCUGUGCUCUCCUUGUAUGCCUCCGGUCGUACUACUGGCAUUGUUUUGGAUUCUGGUGAUGGUGUUUCACACACCGUGCCCAUCUAUGAGGGUUAUGCCCUGCCACAUGCCAUUUUGCGUCUGGAUUUGGCUGGUCGCGAUUUGACCGACUAUCUGAUGAAGAUCCUGACCGAGCGCGGCUACUCGUUCACCACCACCGCUGAGCGUGAAAUUGUGCGCGACAUCAAGGAGAAGUUGUGCUAUGUCGCUUUGGACUUUGAGCAGGAGAUGGCCACCGCCGCUUCCAGUUCAUCGCUGGAGAAGUCCUAUGAGCUACCCGAUGGACAGGUCAUUACCAUUGGCAACGAGCGUUUCCGCUGCCCCGAGGCUCUGUUCCAGCCCUCAUUCCUGGGUAUGGAGGCAUGUGGUAUUCAUGAGACUACCUACAAUUCAAUCAUGAAAUGUGAUGUCGAUAUCCGUAAGGAUCUGUAUGCCAACACUGUGCUCUCCGGUGGCACCACAAUGUAUCCAGGCAUUGCUGACCGCAUGCAGAAGGAGAUCACAGCUCUAGCUCCGUCCACCAUGAAGAUUAAAAUUGUUGCGCCACCAGAGCGUAAAUAUUCCGUCUGGAUUGGUGGCUCCAUUUUGGCCUCUCUCUCCACAUUCCAGCAGAUGUGGAUUUCGAAGCAGGAGUACGACGAGUCUGGCCCAUCCAUUGUUCAUCGCAAAUGCUUCUAAGUUGCAAAAAAAAAAGAAAAAGAAUGCUGCAGCCGUUGGGCGUGGUUCUGUCUGCUACAAGCCUCCUACCCAAAAAAAACUGCCAUUGAUUUCCAUUCAGACAAAGGGCAAAGGGUGGAUAAAAAAAUACCAACAGCAUGGCGAGACAGGACAUGCACCAACAGAAAUAGCAACCAAAUCAACAGCAACAAAGAUAAACUAAUCUAUUUUUUUUCUAACAAUUUUAUACGAAGUCAUACCACAUACACUAUUACACAUAAGCAAUAAGCUCUUUUUUAUGUUCUAUCAAAAUUCACGAGUUCAUACGCACACAUUGGUAUUAUAAAAGUAAUCAUAUUUGGCAUUAAACCUCCUCAAGCAUUCCAACAUGUAUCGACAUAUAUAUGUAAUACACAUACCCAAAAAAAUAUGAAAACUAAAACGUAUUUGUAACCGCUUCAAAACAAUAAAAAGCGAUGAAGAACUGAA